AUGAACAAGAACGACGAAGGCCUCGAAGAGAUAGUCAAGAAGCGCAAGGCUGAAGAAGGAAGACUAAUCGAGCAGCUCCGAUGGAAACGAGCCUGCGUUCGGUUGAUGCCCGCCCUACCAACAGAAAAAGAGGUACAAGGAAAGAUAAAAAAGUUUUUGGAACUAAUCCUCACCAUUACACGGACGAAUAAUCUAGCUGACCAAAGCGCCGAAAUAUUCGGAGAGCGGCUCACGCUUUUUGCCAAGAGGGAAGGAACCUUGUACAAAUGCAAGGUUCAAAACAUGCAAAUGAAAGUCCAAUUCGUCAAAGAGAGAAUUCUCAGUGCCAUGCAAGGGAUGGCGAUGUGCAACGAAACCUAUGGACUACUCGUUCUAGCGAACGUCGCCACUGAAAAGUCAAAAGAAAGGUUCUACCGCCAGAGCCAUGACGGCAUUCCAAUUGAGCCGGCGUUUGUAAACGAAUUCGUCAAGAAGGAAAUCGACUUCUUAGAUGAGCUUCAGCAACGAAUCGACACUGAGUUGCAUGAAUCCUCGCAGCAAAUAGCCAACGAGGAUCAUGAAAGCGUCUAUGAAUCCAUCUUGCAAACCAUGGUACAGUUCCAAAACACCAUGGACCACCUAGACAAGAGUCUGAAUUCCCAACUGCAACGGCAAAGAGAGACGCUGGAACAACUGGGCUAUUCUAUUGAAGCCAUACAAAGAGAGUUUGAGUAUUUCAGAUCAGUGACGAAGGGCAUUGACGAUGAGGUCGAUAAAGGAGAGACGAACGACGAGACGCAAAGCAAACAAUCUGAAGGAGAAGUUCUGCAAGAUCUAUGGGAAGUCGACAAUGACGAAUCCAACACUCUCCCCGUACAAGACGAAAGCGAAAAGCACGAAGAACCAAAAAAAGGACAAUGCGAAGACAACCCAAAACAGGACGAUGAUGCAGAAGGCCCAAAGGCGGAAAUGACGCGAAAAACAGAACAAUUUCGGAGAAUAAUUGAGAGGAUGAACAAGAUACGGAGGACGAUAAGCGAUCGGCGACUCCCCCGGCGCGAAUAUUCACGGCGAGGACCCAAAUGA